GGAUAAACACAUAACUUCGAGCUGGGAGUGGUCGUCUUUUAUGGCUGUGGUGGCAAGUCUUGCCCUCCAUCGUCAUUGUCCCGUUUCUCCUGCAUCAUCAUCCUCGUCAGUAACAAGGGUACGGACAUGGAUUCCCCUCCCCAACUCAGCAAGAAGGCCCUUUUGGACUCGGACUUUAUCUGAGUCUACAGACACAGCUCACUCUUCUUCUUCACUCGUAUGCCUCUCUUCUCCGUCGUCGUCUUCUUCUUCUUCUUCAUCGCCGGAAGUGACUACACCACCCACUGCUGAGUCUUGCAUCAACUUGGGACUCUCCCUCUUCUCCAAAGGACGGGUUAAAGAUGCUCUGUCGCAGUUUGAAACUGCCCUUACUCUGGAUCCUAAUCCAAUUGAGGCUCAAGCUGCGUUUUAUAACAAAGCCUGCUGUCAUGCUUACAGAGGGGAAGGAAAGAAAGCUGCUGACUGCUUGCGUACCGCUUUGAAGGAAUAUGACCUCAAGUUUGGCACAAUUCUGAAUGACCCAGACUUGGCCUCUUUCAGAGCAUUGCCUGAAUUUAAAGAGUUGCAAGAAGAGGCUAGGCUAGGCGGGGAAGAUAUAGGGUACAGUUUUCGGAGAGACCUUAAACUUAUCAGUGAGGUCCAAGCACCUUUCCGUGGUGUUCGGAGAUUCUUUUAUGUGGCGCUUACUGCUGCUGCUGGAAUAUCAAUGUUUUUUACAAUACCCAGACUAUACCGAUCAAUUAAAGGUGGUGAUGGAGCUCCUGAUAUUUGGGAGACUGCAGGAAAUGCUGCAAUAAAUAUUGGCGGUAUCAUUGUUCUUGUGGCUUUGUUUCUCUGGGACAAUAAGAAAGAGGAGGAACAGCUUGCACAAAUAUCUCGUGAUGAAACCCUCUCAAGGCUACCUUUGCGCCUUUCAACUAACAGGGUUGUUGAACUCGUUCAGUUACGAGACACUGUCAGGCCUGUUAUUUUGGCUGGGAACAAGGAAACAGUCUCCUUAGCACUCCAGAAAGCUGAAAGAUGCCGGACUGAGCUCCUUAGGAGAGGUGUUCUUCUGGUUCCUGUUAUUUGGGGUCAGAAUAGUGACAAACCAGCGGAAAAGAAAGGCUUCGGUCUUUCUCCAAAAGCUGCCGCUUCUCUUCCAUCAUUAGGGGAAGAUUUUGACAAGCGAGCUCAAUCAGUAGUUACCAAAUCAAAAUUGAAGGCAGAGAUUAGAUUCAAGGCAGAGCCACUAUCACCCGUGGAGUGGGAAAGGUGGAUUAAGGAUCAACAGAAGUCAGAAGGUGUUACUCCUGGUGAAGAUGUCUACAUUAUACUGCGUCUAGAUGGCCGUGUCCGCAGAUCAGGAAGGGGUAUGCCUGACUGGCAACAAAUUGUGAAGGAGUUGCCAGAAAUGGAUGCAUUGUUAAGCAAGCUAGAAAGAUGACAUUAAUUGCUUCGACGGUUGAUGCAGAGUGGACGACACUUGUAAGAUAUAGAAGUUGGCUCUUUUAUUUACAAGUUGUUUACAUAGAAGGGUAUUGCUGUUGCUGUUGUUGUCUUGCAAAGUUUCCCCUUGUGGCAUUUUAUGUAAUCUUUGUUUCUGAGGGUUCUACUCUUAAGAUGAAAUGCUUCUAUUCUUGUUCAAAUGUCGUAAUUUGUCUUUUCGUGGAUGUAAUUUUUUUUUGUAAAUUGAUGGCAUUCUGAUUAUUUGCUUAAAAGCUGCGAGGCAUGUGUUUGUGAAUGCAUA